UCAAAGCUGGAGUAUUAAAUAAAGAUAAAUGAGCACCAAAAUUGGUAACCAACAAGUGUUGUGUAGUGUUGUUAGUGUAGUCCUGCAUACUCUCCUCUGUGUAGUUGACAUUAUUUUAUGGCGUAUUAAACAUUUCAAGUCGUUAGUAAGAAUCUGCAACAUAGCAUGCAACGCUUCAACCUUUUUUUUGAGCACACAGAUUGUAAAAAUAGCUUUCAGACUCAGACAAACAUUCCUUCUAACCCUGUCGAGUGUUAUACCAACCGAUUUUAUUAUUUUUCACUUGAAGUUAGAAUAAUAACCCAAUAACAAAGAUCUACUGAGAUGGGCUAUGAACAUUUUCUGCUGAACGUAAAGUGUAUGUCUUCGUCUGUAUUUUCGCCUUCGUCUUUGUUCAACUUAAUGACUUCACCUGCGCGCUGUGCUACUAACAAGACUUAUGUUAUACAGUAUGUUCUUUGCCCAGUUCAAUCUUCUUUGUGUGAAAUCUAGAAGUCAAAUAUCAAUUUUUUUUGUGUUUCCUUAAACUAAAACUGCUACUAAUACGGCCUGUUUACUCUGCCGUUAAAUGUUAGAUCUAAUGUGAUUCAACAAAUGUCUAAGCUUUACUGGAUAAAUAUACUUUUUUGAUGUCAGUAUAUGUUCUCAGAUUCGGAUUAUUCAGAAAACACUCUUUUCUUAAAACAGCCCGAGGGUGGACGUCUCGUUAGUGUUGUGCCAACACUUCAUUCGAGAAAAGAGCUCUCAAAGUAGCACACGUCUGUAUGAUUAGUAUCUGUAUAUGAACGAUCUUGACGGUGCCAGGCAUUAGGUCUAAUAGCCGAGCAUGAUGUCAAUCCUGUUGAACACUACCAACAAGAGGAUGGUUUUACUACUGUGUUUACUUGUCCUUUUUUGUGCUGUCACAAUGUUAAUACAAUUGUACUUGGUGAACAAGUCCAGGCAUCCGAGACAGACAUUUUGUAAGACUGGUCUACUGUCCAAUCACCUUCAGGUUCAAUGUACUCGACCAGUUAAGGACAUCAUGUUCCUAAAGACACAUAAAACAGGCAGCAGUACACUCACGAACAUCAUGAAUCGAUAUGCCGACAGUAGAGAAUUAAAUGUGGUCAUACCAGCACAAGACGAGGUCUACACCUUCUACUGGCCUUACAAGUUCCAAUUAAACUUUAUUGCACCCUUAAAUAACUUCCCUAACAUCCUUUGUAACCAUGCUCGCUUCAAUAAGAUACCUAUGAAUAUUUUACUGUCCAAAACAAGAGCUAAGUACAUCACGCUCCUGAGGGAGCCUUUAUCCAACUAUGAAUCUGUUUUUUACUUUUUUAAUUUGGAUGAAGUUUUAAAGCUAAAGAAUGAGAGCCGUACGACAAUGGGUCGUUUUUUAAGUCGAAAUAUUUCUUUGGUAAAAUUGCGAGAGCUGAUAAAGAAAAGCUUUCGAACAGCAUGGUUAGCUAGGAAUCCACAGUCGUUUGAUCUGGGAUUAGAGAUGGAGUAUUACAAAAACAUCACAGCCGUGAAAAACUACAUCGACUUUCUAGAUAGCGAGUUUGAUUUGGUCUUGAUUUUGGAGCAUUUUGACGAAUCCCUUGUCCUUAUGAAGCGGUUAUUUUGUUGGGAUUUGAAAGAUAUUUUAUACGUCAAACAAAUGGAACGACAUAAGAUAGAAAGGAAUAAAGAGGUGAUCACUGACGACUUGAAAAGUAAGAUUCGAAGAUGGAACAAAGCGGAUGAUAUGCUAUACUCUCACUUUAAUGCUACACUUUGGAAAAGAAUUCAUUCAGAGGGACCGGAUUUUUAUGAAGACUUAGAAAUAUUUCGUUCAGAGUUAAAGCAACUCCAAGAUGUCUGUCUAGAAAAAGGYUCUAGAAAGACACUUGCUUAUAGAAAAAAGUAUGUCCGAGGAUACCAGGUAAAAGCAAAUGUUACCAAGGCACUGAAAAAUUAUUGCCAAAAAUUUGUGUUAAAUGAAGUUGAUUACUUAAAGUACCAUCGAGAGAAAUUGAACGAAACAAGGCUGAGUAUGUAGAAGUUGUAAGGAGUAUGGAGAUUGGUGGAAUGUACC